UGUCCACGGUGCAGCUACGCCUCUCGCCUGACUCGGCUACAGUGGCAGCAGCGUAGUAAUAAUCUGACUGCCGCGCACCGAGCUCGCAUUUUGUGUCACGGUGCCACCGGGAGAGAGGCUACAGACUGCUGCGCGUCAGGGGACACCAGUCACCAUCCGCACGGUUCAAGCGACAUCCCGCCGCGGGCAAUGACAUUGGCUGACUGAAGUGGGAAUACACGAUCAAACGCAAAAAUGACGGUGGACUUUGAAGAAUGUAUAAAAGAUUCACCCCGAUUCAGGGCCGGCAUUGAUGAUGUGGAGACAGACGUGGUGGAGAUUGAGGCAAAGCUCGAUAAGCUGGUGAAGCUAUGCAGUGGGAUGAUCGAUGCCGGCAGGGCCUACGUCAGCGCCAACAAGCUCUUUGUUAACGGAAUCAAGGAUCUGUCCCAUCAGUGCAAGAAAGAGGAGAUGAUAUCGGAAUGUCUUGAAAAGUGUGGAGAAAGCCUCCAGGAGAUCGUCAACUACCACAUGAUAUUGUUUGACCAGGCUCAGAGGUCGAUCAAGCAGCAGCUUCACACCUUCAUUAAAGAGGAUGUGCGUAAAUUCAAGGACACCAAGAAGCAGUUUGACCGGGUGCGUGAGGAUAUGGAGCUGGCCCAGGUGAAGAACGCCCAGGCACCCAGGAACAAGGUGCACGAGGCUGAAGAGGCCACACAAGCUCUCAUCCUCAGCCGCAAAGCCUUCAGGCACCUGGCACUAGACUACGUACUGCAGAUUAAUGUGCUUCAGGCCAAGAAGAAGUUUGAAAUCCUGGAUGCAAUGUUGUCCUUCAUGCGUGCCCAGUGCACACUGUUCCAACAAGGCUUUAACAUCUUGGACGAGAUUGACCCCUAUAUGAAAAAACUGGCUGCGCAGCUGGAUCAGCUGGUCAUCGACUCGGCGGUGGAGAAGAGGGAGCUGGAGCACAAACACGCCCUCAUCCAGCAGAGAACUCUGAUGCAGGACUUUUCGUAUGAUGACCACAAGUUGGAAUUUAAUGUGGAUGCACCCAAUGGUGUGGUCAUGGAGGGCUACCUCUUCAAGAGGGCCAGCAACGCGUUCAAGACCUGGAACAGGCGGUGGUUUUCUAUACAAAACAGCCAGCUGGUCUACCAAAAGAAACUCAAGGACUCUUUGACAGUGGUGGUGGAGGACCUGAGGCUGUGCUCUGUCAAACCGUGUGAAGACAAUGAGAGGCGGUUCUGCUUCGAGGUUGUUUCACCCUCUAAGAGCUGUAUGCUGCAGGCAGAGUCUGAGAAGCUGCGGCAAGCUUGGAUCCAGGCAGUCCAGGCAAGCAUCGCCUCUGCUUACAAAGACAUCGCCGACAAUUAUUACAUCGAGCGUUUGGACCGGACAGCCUCGCCCUCCACCAGCAGCAUCGACUCUGCCAGCGAGCCCAGAGAGAGGGGGGAGAGGGCUGAGAGGUUUGUUAGGGGAGGCGUGGAUAGCCUCCUCCAUAGGGUACAGAGCCUGCCGGGCAAUGAGUUGUGCUGUGACUGUGGCCAAACGGCUCCGUGCUGGGCCUCCAUCAACCUGGGGGUCCUGCUCUGCAUCGAGUGCUCAGGGAUCCACAGGAGUUUAGGUGUCCAGUGCUCUAAAGUGCGUUCACUGACGUUAGACUCAUGGGAGCCAGAAUUACUCAAGCUGAUGUGUGAAUUGGGGAACACUGUGAUCAACCAUAUUUAUGAGGGAGCCUGCGGGGAGCUGGGAGCGAAAAAAACGGGACCCACCAGUUCAAGACAGGAGAAAGAGGCUUGGAUAAAGUCGAAGUAUGUGGAGAAACGCUUCCUGAAGAAGAUGAGUGGGAGCGAGGCUUUGGUGGAGGGUGAAAGGAAGUCCCGGCCCUGGACAGUGAAGAAGUGCCAGCGACGCAACAGCUCUGUUCGGGCCCCCCACAAGGCUCGCAGGAAAUACCAUCGCUACGAGCCGGGAAGCGCUGCACCUGCUAACCUCUCAGCAGCUGCUGCAGCAAAGUUUCGCCGGGACUCCCUGUUCUGUCCAGAUGAGCUGGACUCACUAUUUUCCUACUUUGACACUGGCUCUGGUCCUCGCAGCCCUGCAGGUCUUAGCAGCGACAGCGGCCUGGGAGGAAGUACUGACGGCAGCACAGACAUCCUGGUAUUUGGCUCGGUGGUGGACAGUGUCACAGAAGAAGAGGAGGAGUCGGAGGAGUCCUCCAGUGGUGAGGUGGAGAUCGAGCAGGAAGUGUCUUCAGACCCCGAGGACCCGAGGGAGCUCCACCCCGGAGCUCUACUCCACCGAUCCUCCCGUCUACACAACCUGCCACUCAUGGCUGAGGCAUUGGCGCACGGCGCAGACAUACAUGCUGGGAGUGAGGAGGAGGGCAAAACGCCACUCAUUCAAGCCGUGGGCGGGGGUUCUCUGAUAGCUUGUGAGUUCCUGCUACAGAACGGAGCCGAUGUGAACCAGAGGGACAUGAGAGGCAGAGGCCCGCUGCACCACGCCACCUACCUGGGACACACUGGUCAAGUGUGUCUGUUCCUGAAGAGGGGAGCAUCUCAGACGGAGGUGGAUGAGCAGGGUCAUGACCCCCUAAGCAUCGCCGUCCAGGCUGCCAACGCAGACAUCGUCACCCUAUUGCGUCUUGCACGGAUGAACGAGGAGAUGCGAGAGGCGGAGGCUCCAUUGGGUCAACCAGGUCAAUACCACAGCAGCAGCCCCACUGAGCAGCAGUAUAGGAAGUGCAUCCAGGAAUUCAUCUGUCUCACCAUAGAAGAGUGCUAGUGGACACUUUUUUAUCCAGGAGCGAAGCUUGUGCUCUCUCUCUCUCUCUCUCUCUCUCUCUCUCUCUCUCUCU